AUUGGAUGGCAGCAGAACACCCUGGGGAUUGCGAGUCGAUUACAUCCAUUCUCAGCUUCAUUCACAGAAUUCAUAGCAUGCAGACAUAGGGAGCGAUUCAUUCAGAACAGUUCAUUCAUGGAAAAUUUGCAACGCCCCCAAAAUCCUCAAGUACAGAAUGCCCCCACUGUGCCCUGGCUCAUUCAGGAGAUGAAGGAUGGCAGCCAGAGAGAGGAUUCUGCUGUGGAGAUCUGGAUCCCUAUGCUAUUUCUGAAGGAUUACUCUGAUAAUUCUGCUGCUUUGCAUCUUUGCUCAUCAUUCAAGGAUGAAUUUUAAAGGUGUUUUCUCCCAUUCAUAAACUGGAUUUUCUGCCAUAAAUAUUGGAAGCUUCAGGGGAUAAAUAACAACUUGCACAUCAGAAAACAGAGCUUUGUAGAUUAAUAUUGAUAUGCAACAGAAUACAUUUUUCUGAAUGAUUUGGUGCCAAUAAUGUUUGAUUUUCGAUGCUGCAAAAAUAUUUUUGGUACAUGUAUGAGAUUAUUUUAAACAAUAAUACAAUGCUUGCUAUCAUGGAUGUCUUUCCCUGCGCUGGCAUUAACUUUGUGUAUAACUAUUUAACUUUUAAACUACCCGGAACCACAAUAAAGGAGAACUGAACAAGGCCCUAUAAAGCUAGCAGACACAAGGAACACAGUUUGCAUGGAAAGCUUCUACGACCCCCAGUAAUGCUUCAGCGAACAAAAUACAGUCGCUUCAGGGAUGAGUCCUUAAGCACUACAGAAGACAUUGCCCAGAGUGGCCAUUUAAAUGGCAAAGGCUGUACCAAUUCCCAUGCAAUGGCUAAUCCCUCCUUAUCCAUUGAAAAUGUCACCCUUGUGACCCAGAACACUUCCAACACAUUAUGCUCUUUGAUACCAAAAAUGUCUCAUUUCAAGCUAUCUGCUGCAGGAAGCCUGCUUGGCUUAAAGCACUUCUCCCUGGGGACUAAAGAGGUGCCAAGAGUGAAACUGACAGAGAGCCACGUUGCUCCGAGCAGCCCACCUACUGCAGAACUUACUUUCAACAGCUACUUAUGUGCAUCUCAUGUAAAACAGGAUGUGAAUGAGACUGCAAAGCCCCAAGAAGAGUGCGUGCAACUAGACACUGAUAAGUCAAUGCUCAGCUCUACUCCACAUAUAAGUCCCAGCAGAGCGAGAAUGGGCCCUUCUUACUGUGUCCGAUAUAUGGGCUGUAUUGAAGUGCUGCAGUCAAUGAGAUCCCUAGACUUUGGAACAAGAACCCAAGUAACAAGGGAAGCAAUAAGUCGCCUUUGUGAAGCAGUACCAGGUGCAAAAGGAGCCACAAAGAAAAGAAAGCCUCCAGUGAAAUUCCUGUCUUCCAUUUUGGGGAAGAGCAACCUACAAUUUUCUGGCAUGAAUGUUCAAUUGUCCAUAUCAACAAACAGCCUCACUCUGACAAACACUGAUACCCAACAGGUAGUUGCCAAUCAUCAUAUGCAGUCGAUAUCAUUUGCUUCUGGUGGAGAUCCAGAUACAACAGACUAUGUUGCAUAUGUAGCCAAGGAUCCAGUUAACCAAAGAGCAUGUCACAUAAUGGAGUGCACAAACAACUUGGCUCAAGAGGUGAUAAAUGCUAUUGGACAAGCUUUUGAACUACGUUUUAAGCAGUUUUUGAAGAGUCCAUCUUUGAUAGACACCAAUGACAGUGCAGAACUAGACAUUAACAUUUCCGCUCAGAAAAAUGAAGACAAGGACACCCAUGAGUACUACAAUGAGAUACUUGGAAAAGGACCUUUAUCCGAUGAUAUACUGGGUAAAAGGAUGAAAACAGAGACUACAGAAGUAAUAUCUACUUAUGAUAAACAUCAUACAAUUACUGGUUACCCAAAAUGUUCCAACAUUUAUGAAAACUGUUUAGAGGAUCACAAAACAAUUGAUCACUCACCUUCCAAAUUACUGAAACCACAAGUUAGCAAUGGCAGAAUGCUUGAUGACCCAUGUUAUAUAAACACAGUGCCAAAACAAGACAGUCCGGACAAAUGUCAGAUAUCUGGAAAGAACCAAGAAAAGCUCAUAGAGAAAGAGACUAAAUUGCCUGCGUGCAGCUCAUUGCAGCGUGAGGAGUGGUAUCACGGUAAAAUUAACAGAAAAGUUGCGGAGAGCCUCCUUGUUAAUAAUGGAGAUUUCUUAAUUCGGGAGAGCACAACAUCUGCUUGUCAAUACGUAUUAAGUGGACUUCAAGGAGGGCAUCCAAAGCAUCUGUUGCUGGUAGACCCAGAUGGCAAGGUAAGGACUAAAGACCAUGUUUUUGAAAGUGUGAUCCAUCUGAUCAGUUAUCACGUGGAAAAUGAAUUGCCAAUCAUAUCUUCUGGAAGUGAACUGUAUCUCAGGAAGCCAGUAAAAAAACAGCAUUUCCCUGGAAUCCAUGGUUAGACUGCAUCCUUUGUCAUCAAUAUAUGCUGAACAACUGCACCUAUCCCUGAAGUGUUAUUAUCAAACCUGAUGGCAUGACUAAAACAUGGAGCUACAAAAAAGGAAAACAGACAUUUUUGAUUAUGAGUCAAGAAUAAAUACAGUAUAAGCCACAUAAUCUUUGCAUUUAGGAAAUCUCAAAAUAUUUUUCUUCUCCGGUGACACUAUUAACAUUCAUACUAGGAAAUUAUACAAACACAUUAUACUUGAAAGCACAAUCAACCGCGUGUUACAUAAAUCACCUUGUAUGAAAGCAAUGUGCCUUGAAUCACCUCUCUUAGUUACAUUAUUGGGUUAAAGGAGAAGGAAAGUCUUCUUCCACUUGGAAGUGCCAAACGUUAGGCUGAAACCCUGGGCCGGUGCUCCUAUCAUCAGAAAACUACACCGCCGGGGGUUCUUCCAUCAAGCACCACGGAGCGAUCCUCUUCUGGCUUCUUCUUUCUUCAAAUUUCCCGGGUCAGACACAUGCGCAAGUAGACCGAAAUAGCCGACUCUUUAGUUAAACUUUGGCUUUUCGCUCUACUGCACAUGUGCAGCCGCAAGAAGAAGCCGGAAAAGGGUUUCAGGUAAGUAUAUGCAAUCACUUGGGGGUGCCUAACAUUUGGCACUCCCAAGUGGAAGAAGACUUUCCUCCUCCUUUAAACUUGGUGUGUAGCAGUACUAUACAUCACUGCUUCCUAAAGGAAACUGUACUAGCCUUGCAUGCUAAAGUAUAUGACAAUAUAAACUACUCUGAAAUGUAUUUAAAAGAUUGUGCUUAAUUUCUAAAAUUGUUUCUCUGUAAAAUUUGUAAUUACACAGAGGAAUAUUCCAAAUUUGGGUAAAGUAGUUACAAAAAAAGUUCUUCCUAAUCUACAGAACCAAAUCAUGUAAGUGCAAUAAAAAUAAAAACAUAGACUACAUAAUUGUGUGUAUUUAGGAAAUAGCUAAACAUGUAGUAGCUGAAAUGUUUAAAGUUUUCAUUAUUCUUGGAUACCUUUUGAGCCAAUACUAAUCCAAAAGGGCUGUAACAAUAAUGCAGACAAUUGCUGGACAGGUGUACUAUGUGUGUGUGUGUGUAUCUAUAUAUAAAGAUUAAUGGGAUAAAAUCAUUUAUUAAAGCAUAGUGCAAAGUACAAUUUUUGAACACAAAUUGCCAUGUUUUUCACCCACUCAAGCUAGUGCCUGGAUGCAGAGAUGAAGAGGGACUGAGCUUGAGGAUUGUCCACCAGUAAAGGGUGUAGAGGAAGAAUAUAUCUUAAUGGAUAAUUAAUACAUACCUGUAUAUACAUACACACCCGCACAAAAGUAUACAUAUUUGCACACAUACUUGUUGCCAUAGCCUGAAUCUGUUUAUAAGUCAUAACCAUAUUUUCAUUACAUAUCACAGCACUUUAAACAUAUUGUAAAUUUUUAGAGAGUAUCAGAUAAUUUAGAAUUUCUUUGUCAAAAUAAUUAACAGAAAUCUUUAAAACAUUCAACCGAUAUCUUCAUUUAGACAAUAGUUAAAUAUAUGCAUGUGUAAAAUGUUCUAUUUUUUGCAAGGUUCAUAAAGGGCAAAUAUUUUUAAAUGUUUAGAGUAUUUUUCAUCUAUCCCAUUUGGUAUGUUUAUAAAAUAAAACUGAAAAUUAGAAAGAUUAUAUAUUUAUGUCAUAGUCAUCUAUUAUGUGCUUUGUCUGGAAUGUACCGUCAUUAUUUUAAAUAAAUGUUGAAUUUAUAUGUGA